GAGUGCAGUUGUUGCGGUGGAACGUGGAACUUCCCCGUAGUGACUCGAAGUCAUAUCCAAAUCCACGACCCCUCUAUCGGAGACUUUUUCGGUUAUGUCGUGUGGCUCGUACCGCGGUCUUGGCCCCAGAAACUCGGCCCGAGGGAGCCCCAGGAAAUCGUGAACGGCGGACGGCUCUCUGUUCGGCGCCGUCGACGGCCACCCGACACCCGAGAAUGGACGUGAAGGAAGACGACAACGUGUGCAUCGUCUGCUGGCGUGAGAUCCAGGUGUACGCCAUCGGGCUCUGCGACCACCCCGUCUGCCACGAGUGCUCGACCAGGAUGCGGGUGCUCUGCCGCAAGAGCGAGUGCCCGAUCUGCAGGCGAAACCUGCCCAAGGUGAUCUUCGUGAAGGAGGCCCGGCCCUUCGAGGAGCUGAACCGGCGACUGUACCCGGUGGACGCGCACCCGCAGGUGUGCUUCGAGGACGACCAGGUGCGCCAGGCAUACCGGGCCCUGCUCGAGAACCGCUGCAAGUACUGCCCACCGGGGGCCAAGCGCCCGGUCUUCGCCAGCUUUGGCAUGCUGCGCACCCACGUGCGCAGGGAGCACCACCGCACCUACUGCGACCUCUGCGUCGAGCACCUCAAGAUCUUCCCCGGGGAGCGCACGGCCUACUCGAAGAAGGACCUUAGCCGGCACCUGCACUCCGGGGACCUGGAGGACACCUCUCACAAGGGCCACCCGCUCUGCCAGUUCUGCGACGUGCGCUACUUUGACCACGACGAGCUGUACCGCCACCUGCGCCGAGAGCACUACUACUGCCACUUCUGCGGGGAUGACUACCGCCUCCAGUACUACCGCAACUACGAGUACCUGCGGGAGCACUUCCGGCAGGAGCACUUCCUGUGCGAGGAGGGGGACUGCCGCAACGAGACGUUCACGGCGGCCUUCCGCAGUGAGAUUGACCUCAAGGCCCACCGGGCGCAGCACCACAACCGCAGCAUGACCAAAGCCCAGGCCAAGCAGGCUCGCACCCUCGACCUGGAGUUCUCCAUCGCCCCACGGGCCGGCGUGUCGGGCAACCACGAGGACGGCAGCCACGCGCGACGUCUGCCCAGGCAAGGCGGACACCAGAGGCCGAACCGGAGCGGCGCUCUCCCGCAGAACAACAGGGAGGAGCAGCCAGCCAGGGGCCCCCCGAGCACCGCCCAGCGGCCGGCGGAGAGGCAGGCGCAGACCCUGGACCUGACCUGGGAGGCGCCGCCCCCCGUGGACUACCAGUGCGACAAGGAGUUCCCGCAGCUGGGUGGAGAAGGCGCCGGGCCGGGGACGGGCCCGUUCCUGCCCACGCCGUACUCGUCUCGCAGGCCCGAGCAGGUCAACUUCGACAGCGUGGACGAGUUCCCGUCGCUCAAUCCGUCCGCCCCUCCCCCGCGGCCCGCGUCGGCCGUUCCCCGGGCUCGGCCGCCUGCCGCGAGGGCCUCGUCGUCCGCCAAGCCGCAGUCCAACGGGCAGGCGAAAGGUGGCCAAGAGGACCGGAACAACAACGCCGGUGGUGACCCGGACUCCCGUCGCAACGGCGGUGCCAACGUAACCGUUCGUCUGGUGCAGCCGCCUCCCGCGGCAAGUCAACCGUCGGCCGCAGCGUGCGCGCGAGACGGUUCUAAGGCGCACUCCUCUGCGCGUGGACCUCCGAAGCCGGCUUUCGAGGAAGACUUUCCCGCACUCGCGUCCCGCGUCGUGCCCCGGAUGUCGGCAGCGUCUGCAACUUCCGCGGAGGCGGGGUCGUCGUCCCGGCAGCAAAUCAAGACAAAGAAAAAGAAAGCGGACGAGCCGAAGCGAGCUGAUCCCCAAGCCCGAAAGCCCGCGCCCGUAGUCGACGGUCAUCCGCCCGCCACAGAGUCGUCCGCCGUCGAGCCUUCCGCGCUUCACCGCGCGGCGUCUGCCCCGAAGCCAUCCGCCGCAACGGACGACGCGACAAACGGCACGAACGCGACUGACAACCUGCUCCAGCUCAUUUCCGCCGCAAGAAAAGGAAAUGCGACACACCCCCAGCCGUCGGGCGGCGAGAGCUCCGACUCCGAGGAGGAAGAGCGACGCGCGCUCUCCCAGAAGGACUUUCCGCACCUCAACGGCCGAGCCACGGCGGCCCCGCCGGGGUUCCGGAAGCCCAAGCCGCCGCCGGGAUUCGCGCGUCCCGGAGCGGACCGUUCCCGGCCGGCAGACGUCUCGCUGGCACCGGGGGCCGCCACCGUGCCGUCGGUCCCGCAGGCUCCGCAGUACACGCAGCCGGCCAGGUUCCAGCAGCGCAACCUGGAGCUGAUUGUGGAGAUCCAGAAGAGCCUGGCCGGGGACCAGUUUGGCCGCUUCAAGGCGCUCUCCGGGGCCUUCCGCCGGGGCACGCUCUCUGCGGCCGACUACUUUUCCCACUGCCUGGAGCUCUUCGGAGCCGAGGAGCGCUUCCUGGCGGUCUUCCCCGAGCUGCUCUUCCUGCUGCCGGACAUCCGCAAGCAGCGGGAGCUCAUGGCGACCUACAACGCCCGCCGGAAGGCGUGUGGGGCGUCGACGGGUGCCCUGCCCAAGGGUGCGGCCGUGCAGCUGCUUGUGUGUGCCACCUGCCAGCAGGUGCUGUCGGCGGACGACUUCCGCAGCCACCGGACUCUGCACGACCCCGCCUAGGGACGGAUCGGUUUACCGGACCGACUCACCACGACGUCCCUCCUUUCUUUUACACUCUAGGCACUUUACAAGUUUGCUUUUAGUUUUGUCUCGUUGCGUCUGCUCGACCUUUUUGGCAGAGGGUCGAUCGCGAACUUGGAAGCAACGACGGCGAAAGGAGCCUCGAAUAUACUCCGUUCACCCUUAAGCCGAGACGGCAGCCAAAGGCGGGAGCACGAGCUAGCUUGCGCUCCUGCCUUUGAGAAGUGCCUUUCUAGCACGGGCGCUCGUUCUGCGGAAGAAUGUUUCAAAGUCGCAAUCACGUGCUUGCCGUAUUUUCUGCACUCUCGGCUUAAGGAUGAUUGGAGUAUAGUCUGGACUUUCCGUGGCAAGUCGAAACGGAGGUGUCUUCGGAUCCGCGGCGGCAAUUAGCCGUUCCAUGCAAGAGGGAGGGAGGUGGCAGAGUCCACGACGUGAACCGGAUCCCGGGUUUAUAACAGUGGCCGACGAAACGGGCGCGCUUCUUCGUGGGGAAUGGAGAAGAUUUUACGCGUCUUGGAAAGAGGGCGGAAUUUGUGCGUCGCUGAUGCCUCUGGUGUUUGGAACGCCACUGAUCAUCGGGGAAUGUUUGCAUUACGCAGCAGGAGUAUCUGUACAGCCUAGUUGCUAGUUCUGGCCGGACCGUAUCCAAUUGACGAAACCACCUGUUCGUGGAUGCGACCAUAACGCUCAAAACUCGUUUGCUUCGGAAAUUACGGUCGUUUAGCGGUCACGGUGAAUGACCAUUCUUAUUUCUUUUUUUACCUUUCGAACCUCGUCGCUAGUUUGGGCGUCGCGCUUUGGUAGGUAUCGCCCUCGGAAGCUACUCGUUUCAUGUUUUUGUGCUUUUGCCACUCUUCGUCUUUUUGCUAUUGUUUCGUCGGCGCCUUCGGCGAGAGCUCGUUAAUUCUACCGCCGUAGCAGCAGUGGCUUUUUAGGUUGCCUCGCAAAGGCACAUUUCUGAUGGAGUGGACCGUUUGCUCAUGUGGCGAGAGAAAGCACAAGCUGGUGCUUUCUCCCUCGCUCUCGACGAGAACUCUGUCAUUUCAUCUGCCAGUCGAACUGCGCUUAGAAACAAAUUUUUAAUGCGACAUUGUUUUCUCUGCUAGUUUUCUCGGUCAAAUCGGACACUGCAUACUCUCACAGACCGUUUCUAUUCAGAGGAGGCGGUGUAAGGAACUCGAGAAAGAAUGAUUUCGAGGUGGUUUUUCAGUGAGUAAAUUAUUGUUCUCGUUAAAAA